AUGGCACGCUUCGUUCGCUGGCUAAUUUUGGCAAGUGUUGCAGCUCUAACACUGUCCGACGUGGCAUUGGGCCACUCGCAAAUGCAUUUGGGUAAUGCGUUGCCUUCGCGCAAAUUGUUCAUUGAAAAUGGUCGGCAUCUGUUGAAGAAUUGCAUCAACUCUGAAGCUGGUCAAGUGCUGAAAGAGAGGGCUAUAACUCGCCAUCUAGCCAUAUUAAACGAUGUCCACGCUGCUCGUCGUCUUGAUGCCGCUACGGCUUUGUCAACUGACCAUGAAUCCAAUCGCACUGGGCUCACAUUCAACACGAGUUCGAAUGAACUUUUCACGGGUGAACCGGCAUGCCUGCUGGAACCCGAAGUCACUGAGGGCCCAUACUACGUCGCUGGAGAGCUCAUCCGUUCGGAUAUUCGCGAGAACCAACCGGGCAUCGAUCUGUACAUGGACUUACAGUUCAUCGACGUCAACACCUGCUCACCCGUGAACGACUUGUACGUUGAUUUCUGGCAUGCCAAUGCCAGUGGCGUAUACUCCGGGGUCGUUGCAAGGACGAACGGGAACUCGAACGAUGCCUCGAACAUCGGUACUACCUUUCAUCGCGGUAUAUCGCCUACUGACUCCGAUGGAUUUGUCUCCUUCACUACCAAGUUCCCUGGACUGUACGCAGGUCGUACUACGCACAUCCAUAUCAUGACACACUCAGGGGGUACCGUGCUGGCCAACGGAACGUACUCCGGCGGGCGAAUAUCCCACGUUGGUCAGCUUUUCUUUGAUCAGUCUUUAAUUACAGAAGUGCAGGCUACUGGAGUAUACGCGGAUAACUCCAAUCGAGUGACUACGAAUGAAGACGAUUCGAUCGCUCUACAGUCCGCGGACGAUGAUUUUGACCCGUUCGUUCGGUACGUUAAACUUGGUAGCAGUAUUGAAGAUGGCCUGCUAUCGUGGAUUUCCGUGGGCGUGGAUAUGACAAACGACAAUAGUGUAUCGGCGGCUGGCACGUACACUGGGAGCAGUGGCGGGACUACGACCGAUGCAGGUACGACAAGUAACACUGGAUCGACUUCUGCAAUUGAAUCGACUGACGUAUCUUCGGCUUCUGCUGAUGCAGAGAAUGACGCUAGCAAGAUGAAGGAGUUCGGUGGCAUAUUAGGUGUCACACUCAUACUAUUACAUCUGCUGCAGGUGUAG